AUGGCCCGCCCAAUUCUGUUGCCGUUGGCACUGUGUGCUGCCCUUCUGGUGCUCCUCAAGUCGGCCACCACCUUUGUGCAGGCCCCGGCACGAACGGUGGAGGGACCCCAGCACCAGCUGCGCGUGCUGGAGACUGCGGCUGUGUCAACCGGACUCACCCUCUCAGGCUCCCUGCCAGCCCUGGCCACUUGGAGCGAGGGCUCGGAGCCCGGGCAGAACAUCGACCCAGACUCCACGGAGGCCUACAACCGCAAGAUCUUGAAUGCGACGGCCAUUUGCUUGACCUUUUCAGUCUUCCUUGUUGGCCUUGUCGUCUCCCAGGCGCGAAAGCUGGUGGAGAACAGAUGGCUGAAUUGA